CAGGUCCAGUUUAUCCAGCUGUGGCGUAGCCUCUACGACAUGUUCACGGACUCUGUGGAGGAGCAACAUUUGUACCACAGCAUCGCCACAGUGGGCACCCUGCUGCUACAGAUCGGGGAGGUCGGCAAACGCUUCCGUCUCUCCAGCUGGCAGUCAGGCGUGGCCGAGGGUCUUACCCCCGUGAGUGAGUCCAAUACUCUGUCCUCUGGAUCUGGCCCCGACUCCAGCCUGGUGGAGUUUUCCGAGGGCAAGGUCAAGGACGCGGAGAGUCAAAGAAAUGCCGAGGCGACCAUAGGGGGAGUGGUGAAAGGCGCGCAUGGUGAUGUUGUUCCGUCUGGUGAUGUUGUUCCGUCUGAGUCGACGAAAGUUGACGACGGUGGAAAUGUUCAAGGAGACUGGUCAGUGGCGGAGAGUGGGGGAAACACGGCGGAAGUUUCCAAAGAUGCACAAGAUGGCGAUGCGGCCUCGUUGGCCUGCGGGAACGUUCCUCCCCGCUCGGAAGAGUCGACCCCGACUCAAUCCCAGAGUUCAAGUGUCCCUCAGAACCAAGCCUCGCCAUCGAAAAACACGAGCAAGCCGGACGAAGACUGGUCGAUAUCAUUUGAGCAGCUUCUUGCCUCUAUGCUCACAGAGCCGCCGCUCGUGGAUUUCUUUGAGCGGAUUUACGACACGACCGACGCAGUCGCUGCCCUUCGUAAUCGCAGGCUCGUCACCCGAAUGUCCGUGUCCCCAGGGAAAGAGAAGAAAGAGAAAUCGUGAAACGAUCGACCACCUCUCUCUACUUGUUGAAGCGAUUUGUCAGUGUGUUCAUUUGCCUGUGUCAUAUCCCCCCCCCCCUACACACACACAAACACACAUAGACAUUACAUAUAUGUGUUCAGAUUCUUGCUACAAACCCAGUUGUGAACAUUUUUAUUGCUAAGAACGGACAAUUCUGUACUUGGGAGAA